AGUCGUUCCAUUCCUAAAAAUUUCUUCUGGGAGAAGACGACUUCUGAUGAGAGAAUGCUGCGGGGAAGCAUCGUGAGGCCGAGUCCCACCUGAAGCCCAUCCUCCACUCAUCCCCCCCACCGGCUGUAACCUUCCCAUAAUGCACUGCCCCUGCAGAGGGAGGCUGAAGCUGCUGCUGGCGUCUCUGAGCUUCAUCAUCCUGCUCACCUGGCUCUACCUUCUUGCUGGAAACCUGGAGAAUGGUCGAUCCCUGCUCCUCUCUCCAUGUCUGCUGGAGUCCACGGAGGCACGUUUGCUUGAACGGGAGGAGCUCGAGUCCCGGGUUCGACAGGUGGAAGAAGAGAACCGGCAGAUCCGCUUGCAGCUCAGCCAAUCGCAGGGCCAGACGGAGGGUAACUACGGCAACCAGCAGUGGGUGGCAUCGGCUGAUACGGGAGCGGAGGACGUGGAGAACACGGCAGAGGAACGGGCCAAUCACAGCGACUGCAUCCGCUCUCCCACUGCUGAGAAGUGUGAGUUGAUUCACGUGGCAUGUGUGUGUGCGGGUCACAACGCCAGCCGAGACGUGGUCACCCUGGUCAAGUCCAUCCUGUUCCACAGGAGAAACCCGCUACAUUUUCACUUCAUCACAGACACAGUGGCCAAUCAGAUCCUUAGCACAUUGUUUCAGUCAUGGAUGGUGCCAUCGGUGCAGGUCAGCUUCUACGAUGCUGAUGAACUGAAGCCUGAGGUGUCAUGGAUACCCAACAAACACUAUUCAGGAAUUUAUGGCCUGAUGAAACUCACCCUCACCAAAGCGCUUCCCUCCGAUCUGUCUAAAGUCAUUGUGCUGGAUACGGACAUCACCUUCGCUACUGACAUUGCCGAAUUGUGGGCCAUCUUCAGGAAAUUCACAGCAAAACAGGUGAUUGGACUGGUGGAGAACCAGAGUGACUGGUACCUUGGAAACCUGUGGAAGAACCACAAACCCUGGCCUGCUCUGGGACGCGGGUUCAACACUGGGGUAAUCCUGCUGUAUCUGGAGAGGUUGAGGAGACUUGGCUGGGAGCAGAUGUGGAGGUUAACAGCAGAGAGAGAGUUGAUGAGCAUGCUCUCCACCUCCCUCGCUGAUCAGGAUAUAUUUAAUGCUAUCAUCAAACAGAACCCGAUUCUCGUGCACCAGCUGCCGUGUUUCUGGAACGUACAGUUAUCGGAUCAUACCCGGUCUGAGCAGUGCUACACUGAAGUGUCAGACCUAAAGGUGAUUCACUGGAAUUCUCCUAAAAAACUGAGAGUGAAAAACAAGCAUGUGGAAUUCUUCCGGAAUCUCUACCUGACCUUCCUGGAGUAUGACGGGAACCUCCUCCGGCGGGAACUGUUCGGGUGUCCGAGUCAGGCCAGCUCUGAGAGCACACGGCUUCAGAAAGCCCUGGAGGAGCUCGAUGAGGACGACCAGUGUUAUGACUUUCGCCGUGAGCGGAUCAUGGUCCACCGCGUUCACCUUUAUUUCCUGGAGUAUGAAUACGUGCCCACAGAGGACGACACAGACAUCACGCUGGUGGCUCAGCUCUCAAUGGACAGGUUGCAGAUGCUGGAGGCGAUAUGUAAACACUGGGAAGGACCGAUCAGUCUGGCUCUUUAUAUGUCGGACGCUGAGGCUCAGCAGUUUUUGCGCUAUGCCCAGGCCUCAGAGGUACUCAAAAACCGCAAGAACGUGGGGUACCACAUUGUCUACAAGGAGGGACAGUUCUACCCUGUUAACCUUGUCCGCAACGUGGCUCUUCGGAAUGCCAAAACUCCCUACGUCUUUCUGACUGACAUAGAUUUCCUCCCUAUGUAUGGUCUCUAUGAUUACCUCAGAAAAUCAAUUGUCCAGCUGGACAUGGCUAAUACCAAAAAGGCUCUGGUGGUUCCAGCCUUCGAGACGCUAAGAUAUCGCCUUUCAUUUCCCAAAUCCAAAGCUGAACUGCUGUCUAUGCUGGACAUGGGGACUCUCUACACCUUCAGGUACCAUGUUUGGACCAAGGGUCAUGCACCAACCAACUAUGCUAAAUGGAGGACGGCCACUACCCCAUACAAGGUGGAGUGGGAGGCUGAUUUUGAGCCCUACGUGGUGGUGAAACGAGACUGCCCUGAGUAUGACCAGAGGUUUGUGGGCUUUGGCUGGAACAAGGUCUCACACAUAAUGGAGCUUGAUGCACUGGAGUAUGACCUGAUGGUGUUACCUAACGCCUUUAUGAUCCACAUGCCCCAUGCUCCCAGCUUCGACAUCUCAAAGUUUCGUUCCAGUUCAAGUUACCGCUACUGCCUGACGACGCUAAAGGAAGAGUUCCACCAGGACCUCUCCCGGAAAUAUGGUGCUGCUGCUUUAAAGUACCUCACCGCUCAGAGGAACAUCUAAACAUGCACAUCAGGACACUAACGGGUCGGUCAAGGCCAUGCGCCGCUCUGAGACGAUGUCGGUGACCCUGAGGUGCGGCGAGGUACUAAACUGUCCUUCCAAAACCUGUAUCUGUACCGGAUCUGCCAGAGGCAGAGCGGAGACUGGAGCUUUAACCUCGAUUUCCACGUGCUCGUCACAUCGAGGAUCCAAACAGCGAUGUCAACACUGUAUUAAAGACUCAUCCGACCAAGCAUUUUACCUACUGGUUAGCGAUGCUUAUGUCUGCAGUAUGUGUAUUGAUGGACAUCUAGCUGACCAAGUUCUUGCUUAUUAGCAUAAAAGACAAAGAUUAUGAGCAAGGUUUUUGACAAUCAGGACUUUGACUCCACUAAGAGCAAAGUAAUCCAGUGGAACAGGUAGAGUUUAGCUGGGUGAAAGAAGGAUGGAGGAAAAGAUAAAGCCUUAUCACCCCUCACUAUUUAAAAUAUUGAUGUGUAUUUUUUCCCUUUUAAAAAUUAUGGUCCAUAAACUAUGGAACAAUAUGAACGUAUAGAAUAUAAUGUUUUAAUUACCAGAUUAUUGGAGGGGAAAAGGCACAUUAUAUUUUCAUUUCUAUAAACAGAGUACUGAGAGAGCGAACGCUUGAGAUACGUACUUGUCUAGUGGGGGUAAAUGUUUCUGUCAGGCGCGAUGGCUCGCCUGGACGUGUGUGUAAUUGCUGCAUUUAGAACUGUCACUUAACUAAAUUGCCACAUAUUAUGGCAUGCAUAUUUUAUAUCUGGCACCAUUUUAAUUUCAUAUAUAUGGCAUCCAUGAGCUAUAUCAUCUCACACUCAGUCUGAUUAGUGUACUUGACAAGAAAUGCACACAUUGUCUAUUGUAGAACUCACUUCGACACAGUAAUGAGGAUGUACUUGAGGAGGCCACUUUUCCACCGGUUGGGUACACCAUGUACAGGUACUGAUCCAAAUCCAGAACUCACCUUACCCUGGUGAAAUACCAUUUCAGUUUUUUUUUCA